GAAUUCAAUUCAAAGUGAGCGUGUAUGAGCGUAUGGAAAUCUUUUGAGAAGCAUCUGAAAAACAUGUAAAGUGUAAACCUCUGAUACAGACAAAACAGGAAGAUUUAUUUUGUGACAGUGUUUACGAUUUCUAAUAGUAUCCACCAAAUUGCCAUAGUGCUCUUUGUUACAGUGUGUUCUGAUUUUGUUCUUGUAUUUACUUAUAAGUGUUUUACAAAGAUAAUUCCAUUGUUAUGAGAAGUGCGAACAAGAAAUUAUUUUGUAUACCUUUGGAAAUUCAACGUAUAAAUGAGUAAACUGCUACGCUAAAGUUUUAUAUCCGUCAAUAUGCCUUCGCUUCUGGAAGCAUUGGAGCGAAAAUAUGGUGCAAAAGGUGAAGUCAACCCUCCUAUUGAUGAUAUGCCAGUGGCCAUCUUCGUACCAAAACGUUCGCCACGGCUCAGCGUGCCCACUCUUCUGGUGCUGAACGACUGCGACAUAGAUUGCGCUGGAGACUCUAGUGCCUUAGCUGACAAAUGUGCUGACGUAGUUGAACUGGAUCUUGCCCAUAAUAAACUAACAGAUUGGAAGGAGGUAUUUGCGGUACUGGAACAGACUCCGCGUGUCCGAUUUCUGAAUUUAAGUUUCAACCGCCUUUCCGCACAACUUCAAGCUGCACAGGCACUUCAACCGCGCUGGGAUAGUCUAAGCAAUCUCGUUUUGAACUCUACUUACGUACGUUGGCCAAGUGUUUUUGGCUUGCUCAAGGCUCUACCAGCUCUUGAAGAGUUGCACUUGAGCCUUAAUGAGUAUUCUUAUGUAAAUUUGAGUGGAAAAGAGGUUGAGGAAAACGAUUUUUGCGAAGGAUGCACUCGGCUUAACAUAGAUGUUACAGAACCAAUACAUGAUAGACUAAAGCAACUUCACUUCUCUGGGAACCCUAUCCAUAGCUGGCGAGAAGUUUCAAAGCUCGGCUAUGCCUUUCCGAAUUUGGAAUCCCUUUUAGUGAACGAGUGCCCUAUAACAACAUUGGAGCCAGAUCCGUGUGACAAGUGCGAAGAUAAUAAUGGAAACAAAAAAUGUCACGAUGCCUUCCAGCACCUACGAUUUCUAAAUUUAAACAACACGGGCCUGGCGACCUGGGACGAAGUGGACAGGAUUGCUAAAUUUCCUGCAUUGAAGAGUUUAAGAGUUCAAGGCUGGCCGUUAUGGGAGCGCUUCGAGUCUACGGAACACGAGCGUCGGUUGCUACUAGUAGCUCGGCUACCACACGUCAGAACACUAAACGGAGGAGGGACGGUGCCUCCUGAAGAACGAGACGCAGCUGAGCGUGCAUUCAUCAGAUACUACAUGGAAAAACCGGAAUCGGAUAGGCCUGACAAAUACUGGGAGUUGGUGGGAGUACACGGUAAGCUGGACCCGCUGGUGUCAGUGGACCUGCGGCCGGAGAAACGCGUGCAGAUCACCUUCACCUGCGGAGACACCAGCGAGGUUCGCACCGUCGACGUCUACAGAACCGUUUCCGAUUUGAAGACGAAACUUGAACGACUUGCGGGAUUUCCUGCUUCAAAAAUGCGACUCUUUUACGUCGAUCAGGAUUUAAGAGAUAUGCAAAUAGGUCCCGAGGAGAUGAGGUUCCCGACGAAGCAGCUAUAUUCUUACAACAUCAGGUCGGGCGACGAAAUUAUCAUCGUUUCUAAAUUAACACUCAAACACUCGAUUUCAGUCAAUUCGACCGCAUAAUGUCUGUGAACAUUGUCAAAUCAUUAAGGCUACCGUCAUUUGUUUCGAAAAUAAAAAGGCUUAACUUGAUUAGAGUUACUUUUUAUUCGAUUUUUCGUACUGUGCCAAAAGGCUCAAGGUCCGCACCUACCACAAACGCACAGUAAAAUAUGUUAAAGUUUUCUUACAAUUUUGUGUUUUUGUAACAAAAUAAUUAACCUAUGUUCUCUUUCAUAUUUUUUCUUAUCAUGCGUCCGUAAGUACAUUGAAUUACUCAGACAUAAUGACGGUGGUUUGAAUAAGAAGUUUUAAUGUAUAUUUAAUAGAUUCCCGACAUAAAACUGUAUUACGUAAUGAAACAUUGUACCUACUAAUCUAAUACGUUUUAUUUGUAAAAUAGAAAACUUUUAAAAUCAUUAAUUGUCAAUGUGUAUUAAAAAUUCAAUUAGUUGUUGUCACAAAACAAUUAGAUUUUAAGUAAAUGUCGAAGCUGGAAGCUUUCUAGGAAUAUUUUUGCACGGAUUAUUUUUUCAUUUUUUUUACUACUUAAUUUGAAAUUGUUAUUUUUUUAUUUUGCAAUAAGCAUCUGUGAUAAUAAAUUAUAAAUAAAUGAAUUACAAGAUUCAAGGUUGAAUUAUCAAUUGUAUGUAACAAUUCAAUGUAUUUAAAAAUGUAUCUGAUUAUGCGUGUAAUUUAUUGCGAUCAAAUCACUGGCCAUUGAAUACAUUAAUGCUUAUUAAUAACACAGAGUGAUACUAACUGCCAUUUUGCAAACAUAGUUGUAAAAAAAUACAGUAAGAAAUAUCACAAAUUAAUGUGGAUAAUUUUUUUUUUUUCAUAUAAUAGAAUUUUUAUUUCCGUAAGUUUUUUUUUUUAUUUGCUGGAUUAAUAAAUCAUCUGCCAAAUGUGUUUUGUGUUUUAGGAUAGUUGACAAAUAGCAAAUGGGCAGUAUGUAUAAUGUUCAAAUGUCAAUAUUCACUCGACCCAAAUGUUUAGUAUUAAUAGCAAAUAUGAAAUAAACGAAAUUACCUAUA